UGAUGAUGACGACGAGGACGAGGACAAGAACAACACAAGCUUGUUGGAACACGUUCCCUAUUCCCCCACGGAGUGGACUACUCCAAGGAAGGAAGCGAGAGAGGACACGGAACGACAAGAAAAAGCACCUAUAAUCUCUGUUUGCUCAGUUGCCUGGGAACACGUCUGGGCAGUCAUCAUUUAUUUUAGCCUCAUGUUGCCAGAAGGAGUGAAAAAAUCGCAUUGACCUUGAAAACGCUCCGUUCGACAAGAGUUUGGUGGGGUGGGAUCCAUGUGACUAUGACCCUUCGUGCCCAUGGGCUCAAGGAUGUGAUCCAGCAUGCCGUUCCAAAAGUGUCCGGUUCCACGUUCCAAAUCGUCAUCUGCCUCUUCAGAGGACAACUCCACUUUUGAGCUCGAUCUUCGGAAUCUGAUUCCAAUGGGUCGAAGAUGCUCUUCCUCUCUUUCUAUUCCCUCCAUGGACCAUGUCAAAAGCGAGGCCGUUCAUCCACACUCCUCCACCAGCUCUUCGUGUAGUAGCACGCCUUCACUCCCGCCCAAAAAAGUCCAACAACCCCCGGAAAGUGAUCGGCCUUCGAUUCACCACUCACAGACAAAUCAACAACAUGGGCGAAUCAAGGCGAGAGGCACGAAUCCCAGCCACAAGGCCACAAGUGCGUCGUCGUCUUUUGCUGUGUCCUUAUCAUCCCAUGACUUUCGGCCUCCUGCCUCACCUUGUCAUUUAUUGGCGUCCACCAGGCCUGCCCUCUCAUCAGGAACCUCAUCGAAGCCAUCGGUCCCUGUCGGCGGUCACAAUGGCCUCCGACAGUUGCUUGUCCUCGAGGAUGAGAGGACAAUGGUAAGGCGAUCACCGCUAUCGCUCGAGAUGCAACUGAAAAAUGUCGCCAAUUGUAUUGGACAACGGCAAUGGCAGCAGCCUGAAACUCUAGGCGCUGAUGAAAUGCUGGAGAUCAAGCGGGAAGAAUGUCAGGAUGAACUUGACGAGAAGACCGAAGUGAAUGACAACGAGGACGACGACGACGACGACGACGAGGAUGAAGAGGAGGGAUACAAUCGUUUCUCUGCUCGGGAACAGGACAUGGGCCAUCUGGGAUCGGGCAAUCCAAAGCGACAUCUUUGCCACUUUCCCGGUUGCGGUCGAGCUUACACCACUCAAGGGAAUCUACGCACGCAUCAAAAGACUCACACGGGGGACUACAAGUUCAAAUGCCAGGUGGAGAAUUGCAAUAAAGCCUUCUUGUCAUCCUAUAGCCUGAAAGUUCAUGUCAGAAUUCAUACCAAAGAAAAACCUUUCGUCUGUCAGGUGGACGGGUGUCUGAACGCAUUCACGACCCUUUAUCGCCUGAACGCCCACAUGAGGCUUCACAAUGGAAACACUUUUGAUUGUGAGUUCGAGAGAUGUUCCAAGGUGUUCACCACGCGGAGUGAUCUCAAGAAACACAUGCGUACUCACACGAAUGAGCGGCCUUACGCCUGUAAGCAGAAAGGCUGUGGCAAGUCAUUUAUGAUUAGUCAUCACUUGAAAAAUCACUACAAAAGCCAUUCAGAUUGCAAACCCUUUGAAUGUUCCAUCCCAGAGUGCGAGCAAACCUUUAAGUCAAAGUAUGCUCGACGAAACCAUGAGAAGAGGCAUCAAGAGGAUGAAGAUGACGAAAUGAAGGAGCUUCUCAAGCAACACCAAGCCCAUGUUCCACACAAUCGUUUGGAGUCCCCGUCGGUGUCGUCUAUUGGAAGCUCUACCUCUCCAGGCAUGAUUUCCCUGGGACCGCUGAAGCUCGAAGAGCUCUCACCCAUGUUCCAAAAUCCACCAAGCAAUUGCUCACAAUCAAGCAAUUGUUCUCCGUUGCUUCAGCAUCGGAAAUCGCCCAAUUGUUCGCCAGCGUGUGCCAACUCCCAAGGUGGAACACCGCCAAUCAUGAACUUAUCGGGUGCAUCUUGCUCGGCCUUUGUCCAAGGAUCAGCCAACUCCACCCCAAUCAACUCCUUCCCAAGCUCACCCACCAUGCCUCAUCAACGAUUUUCAAUUCCCCAAAUACCCGUGUUCCACUCGCAAUUCCAAAACCUCCCAGUGCCUUAUACACCAACUUCUGAACCGGUUCAGUCAAUGGCCGAUUCAUGCUUCACUCAACCUACCCAAUAUGAUCCUCCCGAUCAAAUGGACCAAUCCAAUCUCUCUUAUGCCCAACAGUAUGAUAGGGAACAUAACAUGUCCCAUCCCGUUCCUGGGGGUUCGUCAUCCACAUCACAGACUCUUUCAGUCCUUGCCGACCUUCAGUAUGCCAUUCCUGAGGAUGACUUGGAAGAUCUUCCAUUCGAAGAAAUGGAAGUCUUGAACUCGGUCUCCACCGCCAAUGCCAUUCCUUGCGAGAACUACUCGGUUCUGGGCACCUUUGCCACUGAGCUGACUUCGGAAUGUGAGGACUUCAAGGUCGUCUGGCCAGAGGCCCAAAUCAGUUCAGUUCGAUCGGUUUCUUCCAAUGAAUCGGUCUUCGAAAACCUUCCCGUCACGAUCCAAGAGCACCCGACCUACGUUAACAAGAAUCUGUUUCCGCGACUUCAAGAGUACAAUUCCGCAUUUGUGUCGUCAGAAGAAGAAUGUGAGACUCCGGUGAGCAUUGAGGCUCUUCCCAUGUCAGUCCAGGCCACUUGUUGGUCCGAUGAAGACAAUGAGCCAUGUGCACCACGACAACCGCUCUCCAUCCAGGAGCAUGCCGCUCUCGGUGUCGAGUGUGAUGCUUUUGAUCAUUGCGAGCUGGAAAACAUUCCCAAUCCUUGCCAUGCUGCCAUGAGGUGCUCUUACGGAGACUAUGAAGCGGCUCGCCAUUCCAUUGCCGUGGAAGAAGCCACGGCCUACUACAUCGAGGAAGGCCUCGACUUCCAUGUCACUCCCGUUCAAGAGGGAGAAGUCCGAGCGCAAAACGUGCUUCCCGCCAACAUACGGGGAAGCUUGUGCUCCGUGAUGGUUGAAGAGGCAGCCACUUACGUCAGCGAGACCGGGAUCAUUGACGAGGAGGAAUCAGUGCCAUUUCAAGCCGAUCAACGGGUAGAGGAAGGCUUGAUGAAAAUGGCUUCGGUCACAUCGCUACCAGCAGUGUUCGAAGAAGAGUUGAACGAACUGAAGUUGGACGAGCAAUUUCUUGAACUGCUCUCCGGGACGAAUGAGGUUUAUGUGACAGAAAGAAUGAACGAGUCCGAGCAUUACAGUUUCGAGUCUGCAGUGAAUGUGUAUCCAAAUAGAAAAGUGUCCGUCCAUACGCCUUGCACGAAAUCAUGACACCAUACAGUGCUUUCGAAUUACGAUUAUAGCCUCUGCUCUAACAUGAUUGACUGUUACAAAAAAGAUCAUGAAGUGAAUAUCUGAACGGUAUUGGCUAGGCCAAUUCUCUCAACCUCUUCUUAUUUACACGUGGAGAGACAACUCUCAUUCAAAUUUGUUCUUCUGUAUUUUUCUUAAUAUAUGAUAUUAAAUAGUU